CGCCAUUGUCAAGAGAACGGAGCCCGGGGCCCGAGGGCGGGGACCGGCGGCGCCCGAGGAGCGAGGCAGCUGCACUUGGACUGGGGACGGCCUUGAACAUUCCAUAUUCUGCUUCGUACAUGGUGAAUCACUACGGCUUUGCACUACUGUGCCCACUUUCGUGCCUAUAAAGUACAACAAGCUCCAGGUCGAAAAAGCUUCUAGAUGGAUCCUUUCCAAAAUUGGUGUCUUUUCUACAAACUCUGUGCCUCAACAACCCUUUCUAAGUGGGGAGAGAGGAGUUGAAGCAGGCAAGUGAUUGGCUGGCAUGGAAUGUGUAGCUUUUCGAGUACUCUCUCCCACCACCUUUGCUGAGCUGAAGCCAUUUAUUUGAAUCUUGGAUGAUUAGCACCUAAAUGCUUAACUCUCAAAACUACUCAAGAGUCCCACAGUCAGGAUUAGAUGAUUCAAGUUACCACCAAGAAAUUACUGUCUUAAGUUCUCCGCUUCAGCACCAGUCAGCAAAGUGAAUAAGUACUGUGCUUCUUCCAACUUUCAUUCCACUUUGGGAAAAAAGAAUAUCAUCAUGUCAAGCAUUACGAUUGACCCAGAUGUCAAGCCUGGUGAAUAUGUCAUCAAGAGCCUCUUUGCAGAAUUUGCUGUUCAAGCUGAAAAGAAAAUUGAAGUUGUAAUGGCUGAACCCUUGGAGAAGCCAUUGUCUAGAUCUCUUCAAAGAGGUGAAGAUCUUCAGUUUGACCAGCUGAUAAGCUCUAUGAGCUCCGUAGCAGAGCACUGUCUCCCUUCCUUACUUCGCACCUUGUUUGACUGGUACAGACGCCAGAAUGGAACUGAAGACGAAUCUUAUGAGUACAGGCCUCGAUCUAGCACAAAGUCUAAGGGGGAUGAACAGCAACGUGAAAGAGAUUAUCUUCUUGAGAGGAGAGACUUAGCCGUAGAUUUCAUUUUUUGUUUAGUUUUAGUUGAAGUUCUAAAGCAGAUUCCUGUUCAUCCUGUGCCCGAUCCCUUAGUUCAUGAAGUUCUAAACUUAGCUUUUAAGCACUUUAAACAUAAGGAAGGAUAUUCAGGAACCAACACUGGGAAUGUGCAUAUUAUUGCAGAUUUAUAUGCAGAGGUGAUAGGGGUUCUUGCCCAAUCAAAAUUUCAGGCUGUGAGGAAGAAGUUUGUGACAGAAUUGAAAGAACUGCGGCAAAAGGAACAAAGUCCCCAUGUGGUACAAAGCAUCAUCAGCUUAAUAAUGGGAAUGAAGUUUUUUCGAGUAAAAAUGUAUCCUGUAGAAGAUUUUGAAGCAUCAUUUCAGUUCAUGCAGGAAUGUGCUCAGUAUUUCUUAGAAGUAAAAGAUAAAGAUAUAAAGCAUGCACUUGCUGGUUUAUUUGUGGAGAUUCUUAUCCCUGUAGCUGCUGCUGUUAAAAAUGAAGUGAAUGUUCCCUGUUUGAAAAAUUUUGUGGAGAUGCUUUAUCAGACUACUUUUGAACUGAGCUCCAGAAAGAAGCAUUCAUUGGCUCUUUAUCCACUAAUUACCUGCCUUUUAUGUGUCAGUCAGAAACAGUUUUUUUUAAAUAACUGGCAUAUUUUCCUACAGAACUGUUUGUCACAUUUAAAGAUGCCAUCUAACAACAGUAUCAGAAAACAAAUAGAAACACUCCAGAAUAAAGAUCCUAAAAUGUCUCGAGUUGCACUGGAAUCUUUGUAUAGAUUGUUGUGGGUUUAUGUAAUUAGAAUAAAAUGUGAAAGCAACACUGUAACUCAGAGUCGUCUUAUGAGCAUAGUGUCAGCACUUUUUCCGAAAGGUUCACGUAGUGUGGUUCCUCGUGAUACACCUCUCAAUAUAUUUGUGAAGAUUAUCCAGUUCAUUGCUCAGGAACGUUUGGAUUUUGCAAUGAAAGAAAUAAUAUUUGAUCUUCUCAGUGUUGGAAAAUCUACUAAAACUUUCACCAUUAAUCCAGAGAGAAUGAACAUAGGCCUGAGAGUCUUCCUUGUAAUAGCAGACAGUUUGCAGCAGAAGGACGGAGAGCCACCAAUGCCAACAACAGGGGUCAUCCUUCCCUCAGGAAACACUCUCCGUGUAAAGAAAAUUUUUCUCAAUAAAACGUUGACGGACGAGGAAGCAAAAGUCAUAGGAAUGUCAGUGUACUAUCCUCAAGUGAGAAAAGCAUUAGAUAGCAUUCUCAGACAUUUGGACAAAGAAGUUGGGAGACCAAUGUGUAUGACUAGCGUGCAGAUGUCCAAUAAGGAGCCUGAAGAUAUGAUUACAGGGGAAAGAAAACCCAAAAUUGAUUUGUUUAGGACUUGUGUUGCUGCUAUUCCAAGGCUGAUUCCUGAUGGUAUGAGCAGAACUGACCUCAUUGAAUUGUUAGCAAGGCUCACAAUUCAUAUGGAUGAAGAACUACGUGCUCUGGCUUUCAAUACCCUGCAGGCACUAAUGCUUGAUUUUCCAGAUUGGCGGGAGGAUGUUCUUUCAGGAUUUGUUUAUUUUAUUGUUCGUGAAGUGACUGAUGUCCAUCCCACGCUUCUUGAUAAUGCUGUAAAGAUGUUGGUACAAUUAAUAAAUCAGUGGAAACAGGCAACCCAAAUGCACAACAAAAACCAGGAUUCCCAGCAUGGUUUGGCUAAUGGAGCUUCUCAUCCCCCUCCUCUGGAAAGGAGCCCGUAUUCCAAUGUAUUCCAUGUGGUCGAAGGGUUUGCACUUGUCAUUCUCUGUAGCAGUCGACCUGCCACUAGGAGAUUAGCUGUCAGUGUCCUUAGAGAAAUACGGGCUUUGUUUGCACUUUUGGAAAUACCUAAGGGUGAUGAUGAAUUAGCCAUAGAUGUGAUGGACAGGCUGAGCCCAUCCAUUCUUGAGAGCUUCAUACAUCUCACUGGAGCUGAUCAGACUACUUUGCUGUAUUGCCCUAGCUCGAUAGAUUUACAGACAUUAGCAGAAUGGAACUCUUCUCCUAUCAGCCACCAGUUUGAUGUGAUCAGCCCAUCACACAUAUGGGUAUUUGCACAUGUGACCCAAGGCCAAGACCCAUGGAUUAUAAGUCUCUCCAGUUUUUUAAAGCAAGAAAACCUUCCCAAACACUGCUAUACAGCUGUGAGCUAUGCUUGGAUGUUUGCAUACACAAGACUUCAGUUAUUGUCCCCACAGGUUGAUAUAAACAGCCCCAUCAAUGCUAAGAAAGUGAACACUACCACAAGCAGUGACUCCUACGUCGGCCUGUGGAGAAACUAUCUGCUCCUUUGCUGCAGUGCGGCGACAUCCACGACCUCUUCAACAUCUGCAGGUUCCGUGAGGUGUUCUCCUCCCGAGACGCUGGCGUCUACGCCUGAUAGUGGCUAUAGCAUUGAUUCCAAAAUUAUCGGCAUCCCAUCCCCUUCAUCCUUGUUUAAGCACAUAGUUCCAAUGAUGCGCUCUGAGAGCAUAGAGAUCACAGAAUCCCUUGUUCUAGGUCUUGGCAGGACCAACCCAGGAGCUUUUAGGGAACUAAUAGAGGAAUUGCAUCCCAUAAUUAAAGAAGCACUCGAAAGAAGGCCAGAGAAUAUGAAGCGUCGCAGGCGUCGAGAUAUUUUGCGAGUACAACUGGUACGAAUAUUUGAACUGCUGGCAGACGCGGGUGUCAUUAGUCACAGUGCAAGUGGUGGCCUUGAUAAUGAAACACAUUUCCUCAACAACACUUUAUUGGAAUAUGUAGAUUUAACGCGACAACUCCUGGAAGCAGAAAAUGAGAAAGACUCUGACACACUGAAGGAUAUACGAUGCCAUUUUAGUGCCUUAGUGGCGAAUAUCAUUCAGAAUGUUCCAGUGCACCAGAGAAGAAGUAUCUUCCCUCAACAGAGCCUUCGUCACAGUCUGUUUAUGCUGUUCAGUCACUGGGCAGGCCCUUUCAGCAUCAUGUUUACACCCUUGGACAGAUACAGUGACAGAAAUAUGCAAAUUAACAGACAUCAGUACUGUGCCCUAAAGGCUAUGUCUGCUGUACUAUGUUGUGGCCCUGUUGCAGAUAAUGUAGGACUUUCAUCAGAUGGCUAUUUGUACAAAUGGUUGGAUAACAUUUUGGACUCUCUGGACAAAAAGGUUCAUCAGUUGGGCUGUGAAGCAGUUACAUUACUGCUGGAGCUGAACCCGGAUCAGAGCAACCUGAUGUACUGGGCUGUGGACCGAUGUUACACUGGUUCCAAGAGAGUGGCAGCUGGCUGCUUUAAAGCCAUAGCUAAUGUAUUCCAGAACAGGGAUUAUCAGUGUGAUACAGUGAUGCUCCUGAAUCUGAUCCUGUUUAAAGCAGCUGAUUCUUCUCGAAGCAUCUAUGAGGUUGCUAUGCAACUUUUACAGAUCCUGGAACCGAAGAUGUUUCGCUAUGCUCACAAGUUGGAAGUUCAGAGAACAGAUGGAGUACUUAGCCAGCUGUCUCCUCUGCCGCACCUGUAUUCUGUUUCGUAUUAUCAGUUAUCCGAGGAGUUAGCAAGAGCUUAUCCUGAGCUAACUCUCGCCAUGUUCUCAGAGAUAAGCCAGAGAAUUCAGACGGCUCACCCUGCUGGGAGGCAAGUAAUGCUACACUACCUGUUACCGUGGAUGAACAACAUCGAGUUGGUAGAUUUAAAACCUUUGCCCACAGCGAGGCGACACAAUGAAGAGGAAGACGACUCCUUAAAAGACCGAGAACUUAUGGUGACGAGCAGGCGCUGGUUGCGAGGAGAAGGCUGGGGGUCCCCACAAGCCACUGCGAUGGUUUUGAACAACCUAAUGUACAUGACAGCAAAGUAUGGUGAUGAGCUGGCCUGGUCGGAGGUGGAGAACGUGUGGACCACACUUGCAGAUGGCUGGCCAAAAAACCUGAAAAUAAUUUUGCACUUUCUGAUCAGCAUUUGCGGAGUGAAUAGUGAACCAAGCCUCUUGCCUUACGUGAAGAAAGUUAUUGUCUAUUUAGGUAGAGACAAAACAAUGCAGUUGCUGGAGGAGCUGGUGCGGGAACUGCAGCUGACCGACCCCGUCAGCUCGGGGGUCACUCACAUGGAUAACCCCCCGUAUUACCGCAUCACUUCCAGCUGCAAAAUCCCUUCUGUCACCUCAGGAACUACUUCCAGUAGCAAUACAAUGGUAGCUCCCAUAGACGGCAAUCCCGAUAAUAAGCCCAUAAAAGAGAAUAUUGAAGAGAGCUAUGUGCACCUAGACAUCUACAGUGGACUAAACAGUCACUUAAAUCGUCAACAUCACAGACUAGAAUCUCGAUACAGUAGCAGCUCUGGAGGAUCUUAUGAAGAAGAAAAAAGUGAUUCAAUGCCACUUUAUUCUAAUUGGCGACUGAAAGUGAUGGAGCAUAAUCAAGGAGAGCCACUACCCUUCCCACCAGCUGGAGGCUGCUGGUCACCACUGGUGGAUUACUUGCCUGAAACGUCAUCACCUGGAUUACCUCUUCACAGGUGUAACAUAGCUGUGAUCCUUUUGACGGAUCUGAUCAUUGACCACAGUGUGAAGGUGGAAUGGGGAAGCUACCUCCAUCUUCUUCUUCAUGCAAUUUUUAUAGGGUCUGACCACUGCCACCCCGAGGUGUACGAGCACUGUAAGCGCCUGCUCCUGCACCUGCUAAUAGUCACGGGACCCAGCAGUAACAUCCGCGCUGUUGCCUCUGUCCUGCUCAGGAACAGGGAGUUUAACGAGCCCAGGGCGCUCACGGUCAAGCAGACCGCGCACUUAGAUUACACUUGCACAGCGGGCGUUAGUGAUUUUAUACCUGAUUACCAGCCCUCCCCUAUGACUGACUCAGGGCUUAGCUCAAGUUCUACCUCUUCUAGUAUCAGCUUAGGAAAUAACAGCGCUGCCAUUUCCCAUCUACACACCACUCUCCUCAACGAGGUCGACAUCUCCGUAGAGCAGGAUGGAAAAGUCAAAACCCUCAUGGAAUUCAUUACCUCAAGAAAAAGAGGGCCCCUUUGGAACCAUGAGGACGUUUCUGCCAAGAAUCCUAACAUCAAGAGUGCUGAGCAGUUAACUACAUUUUUGAAACAUGUGGUUUCUGUUUUUAAGCAGUCAAGCUCAGAAGGAAUGCAUUUGGAACAUCAUCUUAGUGAAGUUGCUCUACAAACAGCACUUUCUUGUUCUUCUCGACACUAUGCUGGGAGAUCCUUCCAGAUUUUCAGGGCCCUAAAGCAGCCUCUUUCUGCAACUACACUCUCUGAUGUUCUCUCCAGACUUGUAGAAACUGUAGGGGAUCCGGGAGAAGAUGCACAGGGGUUUGUGAUUGAACUCCUGCUCACGUUGGAGUCUGCGAUUGACACGUUGGCCGAAACCAUGAAGCAUUACGAUCUUCUUUCUGCCCUUUCUCAAACCUCAUACCAUGAUCCUCUAAUGGGAAACAAGUAUGCGGCUAACAGGAAAAGCACUGGACAACUCAAUCUAAGCACAAGUCCCAUUAACAGCAGCAGUUAUUUGGGAUAUAACAGUAAUGCAAGGAGUAACUCUUUGAGACUAAGUUUAAUUGGUGACCGAAGAGGUGACCGGCGGAGGAGUAACACACUGGACAUAAUGGAUGGACGGAUAAACCAUAGCAAUAGUUUAGCAAGGACUAGAAGCCUUUCCUCUCUGCGAGAGAAAGGCAUGUAUGACGUGCAGUCCCCUACUGAGCCUGCCAACUUGAUGGCCACCAUUUUUUGGAUAGCAGCAUCGCUAUUAGAAUCGGAUUACGAAUAUGAAUACCUCCUGGCUCUCAGGCUUCUCAACAAACUGCUUAUCCAUUUGCCUUUGGAUAAAUCAGAGAGUCGAGAGAAGAUUGAAAAUGUACAAAGCAAAUUGAAAUGGAGUAACUUCCCAGGCCUUCAGCAGCUCUUCCUUAAGGGUUUUACCUCAGUAUCUACACAAGAGAUGACCGUGCACCUCCUCAGUAAACUCAUCGCCGUCUCCAAGCACACGUUGGUGGAUCCUUCCCAGUUGUCAGGCUUUCCUCUUAACAUCCUUUGCUUAUUGCCUCACUUAAUCCAGCAUUUUGACAGCCCAACUCAGUUUUGCAAAGAAACAGCUAGUCGAAUAGCAAAGGUGUGUGCAGAAGAGAAAUGCCCAGCGCUGGUCAAUCUGGCUCACAUGAUGAGUUUGUAUAGUACACACACAUAUUCCAGAGACUGUUCUAACUGGAUCAACGUAGUAUGUAGAUAUCUGCAUGAUUCCUUCUCAGAUACUACAUUUAAUCUUGUGACUUAUCUUGCAGAGCUGUUAGAGAAAGGAUUGUCCAGCAUGCAGCAGUCAUUACUACAGAUCAUCUAUAGUCUUUUGAGCCAUAUUGACCUCUCUGCUGCCCCGGUCAAGCAGUUUAAUCUGGAGAUCAUAAAGAUUAUUGGUAAAUAUGUACAGAGUCCUUACUGGAAGGAAGCCCUUAACAUAUUAAAACUGGUGGUGUCUCGCUCUGCAAGUCUCGUUGUGCCCAACGAUAUCCCCAAGACCUAUGGAGGAGAUCUAGGUUCUCCUGAAAUAUCCUUCACCAAGAUUUUUAAUAAUGUCUCCAAGGAGUUGCCUGGGAAGACCUUAGAUUUUCAUUUUGAUAUAUCUGAGACACCAAUCAUUGGAAAUAAGUAUGGCGAUCAGCAUAGUGCAGCUGGAAGAAAUGGGAAACCCAAAGUUAUUGCAGUUACUAGGAGUACUUCUUCCACUUCUUCUGGUUCUAAUUCUAACGCCUUGGUUCCUGUUAGCUGGAAAAGGCCACAGUUAUCACAGCGAAGAACAAGAGAAAAGCUAAUGAAUGUGCUUUCUCUCUGUGGUCCAGAAUCUGGCCUUCCAAAGAAUCCAUCCGUUAUAUUUUCUUCUAAUGAGGAUUUGGAAGUUGGUGACCAACAGACCAGCCUAAUUUCUGCAACAGAAGACAUGAUUCAAGAGGAAGAAGUGGCCGUGGAAGACAACAGCAGUGAACAACAAUUUGGCGUUUUUAAGGAUUUUGACUUUUUAGAUGUUGAAUUGGAAGAUGCAGAGGGUGAAAGUAUGGACAAUUUCAACUGGGGAGUCCGCAGGCGCUCACUGGACAGUAUUGACAAAGGGGACACUCCCUCCCUCCAAGAGUACCAGUGCUCCAGCAGCACCCCCAGCCUGAACCUGACCAACCAGGAAGACACGGACGAGUCCUCGGAAGAGGAAGCAGCUCUCACAGCAAGCCAGAUACUGUCCCGCACGCAGAUGUUAAACAGUGAUUCUGCUGCAGACGAAACACUGCCAGACCAUCCCGAUCUACUUGUUCAGUCUCAAGAUUCCACUGGCAGCGUCUCAACAGAAGAAGUGCUUCAAAUCAGAGAUGAGACCCCAAGUUUGGAGGCUUCUCUAGAUAAUGCUAACAGCCAGCUGCCUGAGGAUACAGGUUCAGUGUUAAAGGAGGAACAAGUUCUGACAAGCUUUGAAGAUGAAGGGUCAUAUAUAAUUCAAGAACAGCAGGAUUCUCUCGUGUGUCGAGGGAUUCUCAACUUGGAAGACACAGACAUGCCAGAGCACCUGGCUCCUGAGAGCUACCCUGAGUCCAUCUGUGAAGAAGAUGUCACCUUGGCUUUGAAAGAACUAGACGAAAGAUGUGAAGAAGAAGAAGCAGAUUUCUCUGGACUGUCUAGAUGGUGUCGUGAUUACUGUGAUAUUUGUAUUAACAGUCAAGAUGAAAAAGAGCAAGAUGGCUUUCCAGAAGUCCAGACCUCCCCUCUGCCAUCACCAUUUCUUUCUGCCAUAAUAGCUGCCUUUCAGCCGGUUGCAUAUGACGACGACGAAGAAGCCUGGCACCGCCACGUCAGCCAGAUGCUGUCCGACACCGACGGGUCCUGUGCAGUGUUUACUUUUCACGUGUUUUCCAGGCUGUUUCAGACAAUUCAGAGAAAGUUUGGAGACAUAACUAAUGAGGCAGUCAGCUUUCUUGGUGAGAGUCUGCAACGCAUUGGUACCAAAUUUAAAAGUUCACUGGAAGUGAUGAUGAUGUGUUCAGAAUGCCCAACAGUCUUUGUGGAUGCUGAAACACUGACGUCAUGCGGUUUGCUGCAAACACUCAAGUUCAGUGUUUUGGAGUUGCAAGAGCAUCUGGAUACCUACAAUGCCAAAAGAGAAGCAGCUGAGCAGUGGUUAGACAACUGUAAGAGGACAUUUGGUGCCAAAGAAGACGUGUAUAGGAUAAACACAGAUGCACAGGGCCUGGAGCUCUGUCGAAGGCUGUACAAACUACAUUUUCAGUUGCUGCUUCUGUUCCAAGCCUACUGUAAAUUGAUCAACCAAGUAAACACGAUAAAAAAUGAAGCAGAGGUCAUCAACAUGUCCGAGGAACUUGCCCAACUGGAAAAUAUCCUCAAAGAAGCAGAGUCUGCUUCAGAAAAUGAAGAAAUUGACAUUUCCAAAGCUGCACAAACUACCAUAGAAACUGCCAUUCAUUCUUUAAUUGAAACUCUGAGAAAUAAGGAGUUUAUUUCAGCUGUGGCACAAGUCAAAGCCUUCAGAUCUCUCUGGCCGAACGAUAUCUUUGGCAGUUGUGAGGAUGACCCUGUGCAGACGCUGUUGCACAUCUACUUCCAUCACCAGACGCUGGGCCAGACGGGGAGCUUCGCGGUCAUAGGCUCUGACCUGGACAUGUCAGAGGCCAACCACAAACUGAUGGAGCUGAAUCUAGAAAUAAGGGAGUCCCUACGCAUGGUGCAAUCAUACCAGCUCUCAGCACAGGCCAACCCAGUCGGACCUUUGGUGAGCACUGGAUUCUGAGAAGCUUCCAGGCGUUUAGGGAAGACACUAAACUGAAGAUGAUGCAGAAUAUUAAUGAGCACCUUUUACGAACCCUUGCAGUUCACGGACAACCCUUCCUGGCGGCAUCCACGACCACGGCGUAGCUGAUGUCAAACCGGUAUCAGAGUCAAAGAUCUAAGGAAGGAAAAAAAAAAAAAAAAAAAAAAAAGAAAUCUAAUGGCUGCCAAUACCUCCUACAAUAACCGUAUGAAGAAGGAGUUUUUAAUUACUUAACCUAGGUGAAAAGAAAAGGGCUAAGAGUGAUGCAUACAAAUACAUGACUUUCUGGAGAAAGAAGAGAAUUCUAGGACUGUUUGCAAUAAUGGCCUCUAAUACUGAGACGUUGGAAAGCAGGUGACGUGAGGCUAAAACCCAGGCUCGUUCAUUUUAGCUGAAAACCUGCAGGGCUGUGUGGAUGCUCCACAGUCGAUGCUUCAUUAUCUACGUGAAGAACCUUUAGUCGGAUAGACAGACACGGAGAGACUUCUUUGCAAAAACCAUUGACUUUUUUUCAACACGUGGGAUGAGGGUGUGGGUGUUUUGUUUUUUAGUCUGUACAAGGGAUUGUGUGUGCGUGAGCUGGGAUGUGUGAAUAUGUGACAGUCCUAUUUUCAAGGUAUGGAUGUUUGGUGAUAACGUGUCAGCAUGCCUAAAAGAGCACUGCAAGAUUAUUUUUGAAGAAAUUUUAUUUUAUUAGAUCUAACUCUUCAUAGUGUGUAAAUGUUAGAACAUUUUAAUAAUAUUUUAAAACUGGGCUUUCCCGGUAUUUCGAAAAGAAAUAAUAUAUCUGUUAAUGUUAUUGGAAUGCUGCUCAGCUCUCUGACCAGUGCUUACAUUACGAUUGUUGAUAACUAACCAAAGUAGAUGCCUGCAGAGACUUUAAAAUGUAAAAUAAAGAUGUAUGCUGCCCGUCAGCUAUUCUCAUUAGGAAAGUUAACUUAUUUUACUCCAUAAUUAUUAUAGAAACUGUAUAGAUUAAAACCAGUAUUGUACGUUUGUGCAAUGCACUGUUAUACAAGAAUAGGUGUACAAAGCUAAAGAAAAGAGCGUGGUCACUGAUGGUAGAAUAUAAGACUUGCGGGCUCUGAAGUCUGCAGAAUUCAAGAAGAGAGAUGCAAACCCAGUUUUAUAUGUUCAUUCAAGACUCGCGUGUCUCACCCAAAAGGAACCUGGGGCUAUGGGGGAAAAUGAAAGGAAGCCUGAAGACUGACUACCAAAACAUGCAAUAUACUUACUCACUGUCUAAGUCUGUAGCAUAACACGAACUGGAUUCUCUGUCCUUUUUUAAAUAGCAUUUUGUAAAAGAAAUGAAUGUAGUCCCACAACUCCUCUGAUUUGAAAGGAACACCUUGUAUUUUUUAUAGGCAUCUCUUAUCCACUGUGACUUUCUUUUAAACUGGGCUCUGUGACUGCAGAGUUUAGAAUGUAGAAAUGAAAUGCUUAGCUUUGCCUUUUCUUGGGGGUGUGGACCCUGCCAGAAAUGUAAUUAUGCUCAAGUGCAUUAAUUGAAGGCACUGUGCACGCCGUUGGACUGCUGACUAUAGUUAUGUUACCUGUAAAAUUCCAUAACUGGUCACGGCACAUUCGUAAUCACUGUAUUUUUUGACCCUGAUAAAAAAAAAAAAAAAAAAAAAAAAAAAAAAACAAUUAUUUUGAUGGUGUUCUGGUACUGUAAAUGGUGUCCUUUAAAUUAUUUAAUAACUUUUGGGUGUGGGGCAGGAAGAGAGGGAUGGCAUCCAGAGACCCCCCCCCCACACUUUACAUCCUAUCUUACCAUCACCCUCUUAUAUCCUUUUUGUUAAAAUAAAAAGCAUUGUAGCUGUUGGUUUGUGUUGUAUUUUAAAGGUCAGUGAUUACAGUGUGCAUCAUUUAGGGACUUUGCAAAUAUGAUCCUUGUUCUUAAGAUAACUUUCCCCAAAAGGGGGAGAACGAAGUUGAGAACAAAUGAGGUUGACUAUUACCCAAACCAAACCCUGAACAGUUGGAAUUUCCUUUUCAUGCGUAUGUAGCUAAAUCUAUUAAUAAAGUAAUAUGAUGAAUAUACCUACAGAAAGCAAGAUGCAAAUAUAAAGUCAUCAGGAUGGUCCCUUUGCAUUUAACAAAAAUGUAUCAAGUGCUUAAUUUAUUAAUUACCUUAUGCAGUUCUGAUCAAGCCCUUUGUGCUUGUACAACCU